GGAGUGCCUGUGCGCCUCCACGGAGCUGCCCGAUUACCAUCGAUGGCCACGUUCGACAGUGAUGGCCCGGCAUGGACCGCCACGGAACGCACGCGUCGCACGGUUGCCCUGAACCCACCGGAGGCGCUGCAGGACCUCCUCCAACUCGUCGCAUCGAUCCUGUCCAAAAUAUUGGACAACCCCGGCGAAGAGAAAUACAGGAGCCUCAAGCAGUCGGGGCGCGUAUGCCAGCAGCGCCUUCUGGGGCGGCCGGGCGGCCGCGAGCUCCUCGCGAGCCUCGGCUUUAAGAGCGACGAGCGCGCCGACGCGAUCUCGCUGGCAAACGCCGACGACGCGAAGCUUCGGGCGGCGCUUGCCUGGUGCGCUUCAUACAAGCCACCGUCGCCGCACGUCGCGCUCGUGAUCAGGCUGCCGUCAGGCGCGAGAUUAGAAGCCGCAUUCAGCACCGACGAAACGCUGCGCGACGUGCGCGCCUACGCCGACGCCUGCGCGCCGAAAGGUGCGCCCUACGACCUCGGCCAGGCGGGAGGUAUUCGCUAUGACGACGACGCGGCGCUCGACCAAGCGGUUUCGACGCUGGGCCCGCGAGCGGCGUUGAUCGCGACGGCGCCGGGCGGGCCCGAGGCCGCGACGCGCGUCUGGGACGCGGCCCGGGAGCAGGCGCGGCGCGACGAGACCGCGGCGCGGGCGGCGCGCGCGGACGCCGAGCGGAAGCGGAGGUUGGCGAGGCUCGAGCGUAAAAGGGCGAACGAGGAGACGCGCGCGAACGCGCUGCGCUCCUUUGGGACGGACCGCGAGGAAAAGACUGAGGAGGUCGUCCGGGAGCGCUCGAACCGCGUCGCACGCGAGGCGCGCCUGGCCGCCCAGGAGGCGCGGGCGGCACGGGUGGCGGAGCUGCGCGCCAGCGCGCCCGAUCCCCGGAGGGCCCGGGCCCCGUCGCCGCCGACGGACGGGUCGAUGCCGACGCAGUAA